GUUGCUCCUGACGGUAGUGGAAAACAGAUUUGGAAGAGGAAGUCUCUGUGUCUGACUGCAGUCUUCAACAGGAAUGAACUCCCUCCCAUUCCUUGUGCAUCUCAUAUUCUGACCGUCUGUAAUUCACUUCAGAUUGCAGGGGGAAUUUCUGAUUGAUCUCCUUUAGGCUUGCCGGACUGCUCAGCUGUUCCUUAACGUUUUUUUUUUUUUACCCCCACCUCUUUAAAUUUAACAGUUUUCUAAGAUGAGUUGGACAGCAAACAGUUUUUUUGUCACUCUGGCCAUCCUGUUUCUGUGGCGAGUGGAAGAAAUAGCAGAAGCCUGCAGCUGCUCCCCAGUGCAUCCUCAGCAGGCGUUUUGCAACUCGGAUGUCGUUAUCAGGGCAAAGGUAGUUGGUGUGCAGUUGGUUGAUGUUGGCAAUGACAUCUAUGGAAACCCCAUCCAGCGUAUCAAGUAUGACAUCAAACAAAUCAAGAUGUUCAAAGGCACCACCAAUGUUAUCGAUGCUAUCUACACUGCUCCCAGCUCUGCGGUGUGUGGAGUGACAUUGGAGAAUAAUGGCAAGGAGUAUCUUAUCACAGGCAAACUGGAGGCUGACGGGACAAUGCAUAUCACACUGUGUGACUUCAUUGAGCCCUGGGAGGCCAUGAGUGCCACCCAGAAGAAGAGCCUGACUCAGCGCUAUGAAAUGGGCUGUGAUUGCAAGAUCACCCGCUGCACCUCCAUACCCUGCAUGAUCAGCGGCCCGGCAGAGUGCCUGUGGACUGACUGGGUGAUUGAGAAGACAGUCAAUGGAGGACAGGCCAAAGACUUUGCUUGUAUCAAGAGGAGUGAUGACUCUUGUGCCUGGUACAGAGGGGCAGCACAACCUAAAAGGGAUUUCCUGGACAUCGAAGACCCUUAACUCCACCACUGUCCAGUAGUCUGAGGAUGUCUUAGAUACUAAGAUACAAAUACCAAAAAUACAAAGAAAUAAACAAGUCAAAUUCUUAUUUUGUAUUAGCCAUAAUGUGUGUGCCCUGUGGUGAGAUUGUUUUUAUUUGCAGGAUUUACUAUGUUUUUUUUUAAUCAAGCACUUUUAGACACUUCCACCCCUAAAUCCAAAGCACUUCCUCAUAAACCACUUCUCUCAGCUAUUAAUUUACCUUUUGAACCAAAGGUAUUGUUUAGAGUGAACUAUAAUUCUAUAAUGCAAGACAUACACAAAUAUAACUCAAAGUGUAACAAUUCUGUGAAUCUGUGUGUUCAUGAAUAACAUUAGCUGGCAAUCGGGGCCUUGAUUUGUGACAGCAGAGCUACCCGGGAACUGGUGGCACCUGUUGCCCGUCCUGCAUAAGAUUAUUUCUUGUGCUAAGCAUGCAAAACUCUUCCCCUCUGUUUUUUUUUAAAGGUGUGGCAAACCUGUUUCACUAAAGCACAAUCAGUGCUUUUGCUAUUUGUUUUCUUUAAAAAAUUCCCGAAUAGACAAGAAAGCACUUUGAACACAAUUGUCACAGCAGUCAUAUUUUGUCUCCUAUGAAAAAUGUCUGAAAAAAGGAUUGAAUCCUCCAUUUUUGUAUUUUUUUUAUAUUACUGCUCUUCUCUUUAUAAUGCUUAAGUGUCAGAACAUAUUUUAUUUAAGGUUAUAUGAUCCACCAUAUUCUAUUGAACAUUUUUUUGUGACUAUAGUGACAACAUUGGUAUUGUAUAAAGAGAAGACCAACUAUUUGAACAGUUUUAUAAAAAUACACACAAUUUAUGUUCAGGUCAAAUUGUAAGCCUAAAUGUUAACUGUCAGACUGGCUCGACCUUUAGGACAGUGGGUUAAAGAACAUAUUGUAACCAAUCAUCCAUUUACGCUACAUGCAGAGCCUUUGAUAUGAUAUAUGACUUAAAUAAUUAAUAUGAGAGUGUAAAAAGAUUCCUUAUUUGAAACUGUAGUCAAGUAUGAUGUCUUGUGCUGGUUUCACAUGAGACUUUUGAGAUGAUUUUGCAUGCCAUGUCCAGCUGAAACAAUACUGUACAUUUGACUAUUAUAUUAAAUGCCAAACCCUG